UCUUCAGCCACCCUUUUGAAUUUCGUUAUGCGACUGUUUAUUUCGUAGCCGUAAGUUCGUGUGCAGACGUAUGGGCUUUAUCGCUUUUCAUCGAAAGAAUACUGAAAAAGGCCGACGUCUUAAGGUUGAAAUCCCUUUGAUGUAAAGGUUCAGCCAAGAUGGCGAUGAACUUGGGUGUUAAGGCUCUUCUCGGCUGGGUCAACGCCUUACAACUGUCAAACCGAGCGAUAGCCAUCGAUGAUUUGAAAGAUGGGGCAGUCCUCCUAAAAAUAGUUUGUAUGCUAAAAAAGCAAUCCAACUCCGGCUUCACUAAUUCCAUUGAGGAACGAUUCCAGCUCAUUGCAGACUUUGUAGAAAGGGAUUGCCGAUUUAACUCGACUAAAGGAACUUCAUUGUCAUGGGACAAAAUAAAAGAUGGUGUCAACGCAACCGUAGAAACUGCAAAGGUGCUUCUGUUGCUCGUCUAUCACGAUGUCAUGAAUGACCGCUUCACUCUCGAUAAGUUGGAAUGUGAUGUGGAGCGAGAGAUAGCAAACCUAACUGGUUCCUUUGUGAUGGAGAGCAACGGAUGCGUUUAUUUGAGCAAUGGACUGGAUGCCUAUUUGGCGAGGAAACAUUUGCCUGUCGCCCGUGAAAUAUUUGAGAGAUCAGCCACCACUUCGACCUCCAACGUGUCAACCAUAUCCUCCCUUUCAGAGGACGAUUCUCCGGUCUUCCUCCGCACACAGAAAAUCAAUUUUGUUGACAUGCAAACUGUGGCUUCCUCCUCAGUCAGCAAGUCUCCUCUGCAGGAUAUCAUGAACACGCCUAAAUUUCAAUUGAGGAAGUUGCAACGACAGAUGAUCAAGGAGAGAGACUACAGAGAUGGGUUGGAGAAGGAGCUGGCCAGCAAGCUCACACUCAUUGCUCAAAGAGAGUCGAUCAUUGUGCAGUUGCAGUACCGCCUGGACAGAAUGAAAGAAGAGCAAGGUGAUCAGGAUAAUGUCAUCAGGGAUCAGCUCAAUGAGCUUCAGACCAAGAACAACGCGCUAAACACACGUCUGAAUGAGAUGUUAAAGCAAAACAAAGACUUCAAGAUUAACUCUUCACUUAUGGAGCGCAAAGUGGAUGAGCUGUCAGAUGAAAACGGUGCACUCUCAUCCCAGGUGAGAACUGUUUCUUCACAGCUGGCUCUAUUUGAGGCAGAAGUUGUGAGGCUGACAGAAACCCAAGCAUCCACUCGGGAGGAGUGGAGAAGCAAAAUGGCCCACUUGCAGUCUGAACUGAACCAAGCUUCCACUCAAAAGGAGCUGCUGACUGAACAAAUCCAGAUCCUGCAGGGGAAAAUUUCCUGUUUGGAGGAUGAGAUAAACCGAGCCAACGAGGAAGAAGUAGGAGAGAACAUGGGACCUGUAAUAGAGAGAGAAAGGUAUGACACUGAAAUCAAUGGUUUGAAGAAUGAGCUGGAGAGCACAUUUGGCUCCCUGAAAAAGGCCGAGGUGGAGAUUGAGGCCAAAACCCAGCAGCUGGUAGAGUAUCAAAAAGAAAUGAUUCAACAAAAAGAGCUUCUGAAGCAACACAAGGCCCAAACUGAGGAACUCAUUAAAGCCAAGGAUGACCUUAUUGAAAAAGAGAGAAAGGAGAUCAAUGACCUUCUUCUCCAUACAGAGGAAAAUGUAAAAUCUCUUGAGACUAAGCUAUCUGCUGCUAGUUCUCUCUUGGCUGAUAAAGACCAACAAAUUAACAUUCUCAGAAACGAAGUUUCUGUCCUUGCAGAUAAAACUCAAAACCACACAAUGGAAAUUCAAACUAAAGACGAAAUGUUCGCCAAAUUACUUGUGGAGAAGUCCAAUGAGCAAGACAUUUUUAGCAAUAAGAUCCAGACCUUAUCUCUCCAGGUGGAAGACCUCAGCUCGUCUCUCAAACAGGCAGAGCAGGAAAUACAACUCAAGCAAGAACAAUUGUCUAAAACCCAACAAGAGAAUGUCGAACAGAGAGAGGUGCUCAAACAACAGAUUGUAACUUGCAAAGAGGAGAUUCACAAGUUAAGCGAAGAGAUGCAGGUAAAAAACGAGCAGCUUGGUGUUCUGAAGAAGGAAAGCUCUCAACAGGUUGACUUGCUGGAGCAAGAGAUUACCAGUCUGAAAGGCCAAUUGGAACAUUUGAAGGACUCUCUCCAAAAGGCUGAAGAUGAAGUUCAGGCUCAGAAAGUUCUGCUUACAAAGCAGGAGCAGGAAGGUGCUCAUCAGACGGAUGUCUUGCAUCAGCAACUGUUGGCUUCUGAAGAGAGGGUGGGGAGCGCAAUGCAGGAGAUCCAGACGAGAGAGGAACAGAUGACCAUGUUGAAAAAGGAAAGCUCACAGCAGGCCAAACUACUACAUCAAGAGAUACAAGAGUUAAAGAAAGAGGUGGAGCGUCUUAGUUCCUCACUAAAGGAUGCAGAGAACAAUUUGCAAUCCAAAGACGAGCUGCUUGCUGAACAGCAGCUACAGAGCACUCGUGAUGUGGAGUCCCUCCAGUCCCAGAUGGUAGCAGCUCAAGAGGAGGUGCAGAGACUCAACACAGAGAUUCACGCUAAGGAGGAGCAACUAACUCUCCUGAAGACUGAAUCCACUGCACACUCUGUAUUGUUACAGCAAGAGAUUGAAAGUCUGAACAAACGUAUAGAAAAUGUGACCAAUUCUCUUGAGGUCUCUGAGAACCAGGCUCAAGCCAAAGACGACCUGAUGGCCCAGAAGGAGCAGCAAAGCACAUUGCAGAUUGAGAUGCUUGGAAAGCAAAGUGCCGCUCUUGACGAGGAGGUGAAACGGCUGAGGGAGGAGAUCCAGACUAAAGAGGGCGAGGUCCACCUGUUGAAAGUUGAUAGUUGCAGAGAGUCGAAAGUGCUUCAGAACGAGAUCCAAACUCUUAACGACAAAGUCCAAAUCUUGAAUGAAUCCUUGAAGAAUACAACAGAGCAGCUUCACGUUAAAGAAAACCUUUUGACUCAGAGGGAAAUGGAGAUUUCUGAAGAACAGGACAAACUUGAAGGCAUGAUCACAACCUCUGAAGAGGAGGUGAGAAACCUUAGAGAGCAGAUUCAGACUAAAGAGGAACAACUGGCCACCUUAGAAAGGGAAGGCUCCACACAUUCUGACGGGCUGCAGCAACAAAUCGAAAGUCUAAAAUCCCAACUUGCUAAUAUGGCUGAGGCCCUCACAAAGGCUCAGGAGAAGGUUCAAGCUCAGGUUGAAAUGUUCACCCAACAAGAGCAUGAGACUGCUCACCAGAAGGACCUUCUACAGCAGCAACUUUCAUCUUCUGAGGAAGAGGUGAGGAAGAUGAAAGAGGAGAUCGACGCUAAGGAGGAGCAGAUGAGACUGCUCAAGACUGACAUCUCUGUGCAGUCUGAUUUGGUUCAAAAGGAGAUACAAGAGUUAAAUAAAGAGGUGGAGCGUCUUCGUUCCUCACUGAAGGAUGCAGAGAACAAUUUGCAAUCCAAAGACGAGCUGCUUGCUGAACAGCAGCUACAGAGCACUCGUGAUGUGGAGUCCCUCCAGUCCCAGAUGGUAGCAGCUCAAGAGGAGGUGCAGAGACUCAACACAGAGAUUCACGCUAAGGAGGAGCAACUAACUCUCCUGAAGACUGAAUCCACUGCACACUCUGUAUUGUUACAGCAAGAGAUUGAAAGUCUGAACAAACGUAUAGAAAAUGUGACCAAUUCUCUUGAGGUCUCUGAGAACCAGGCUCAAGCCAAAGAAGACCUGAUGGCCCAGAAGGAGCAGCAAAGCACAUUGCAGAUUGAGAUGCUUGGAAAGCAAAGUGCCGCUCUUGACGAGGAGGUGAAACGGCUGAGGGAGGAGAUCCAGACUAAAGAGGGCGAGGUCCACCUGUUGAAAGUUGAUAGUUGCAGAGAGUCGAAAGUGCUUCAGAACGAGAUCCAAACUCUUAACGACAAAGUCCAAAUCUUGAAUGAAUCCUUGAAGAAUACAACAGAGCAGCUUCACGUUAAAGAAAACCUUUUGACUCAGAGGGAAAUGGAGAUUUCUGAAGAACAGGACAAACUUGAAAGCAUGAUCACAACCUCUGAAGAGGAGGUGAGAAACCUUAGAGAGCAGAUUCAGACUAAAGAGGAACAACUGGCCACCUUAGAAAGGGAAGGCUCCACACAUUCUGAUGGGCUGCAGCAACAAAUCGAAAGUCUAAAAUCCCAACUUGCUAAUAUGGCUGAGGCCCUCACAAAGGCUCAGGAGAAGGUUCAAGCUCAGGUUGAAAUGUUCACCCAACAAGAGCAUGAGACUGCUCACCAGAAGGACCUUCUACAGCAGCAACUUUCAUCUUCUGAGGAAGAGGUGAGGAAGAUGAAAGAGGAGAUCGACGCUAAGGAGGAGCAGAUGAGACUGCUCAAGACUGACAUCUCUGUGCAGUCUGAUUUGGUUCAAAAGGAGAUACAAGAGUUAAAUAAAGAGGUGGAGCGUCUUAGUUCCUCACUAAAGGAUGCAGAGAACAAUUUGCAAUCCAAAGACGAGCUGCUUGCUGAACAGCAGCUACAGAGCACUCGUGAUGUGGAGUCCCUCCAGUCCCAGAUGGUAGCAGCUCAAGAGGAGGUGCAGAGACUCAACACAGAGAUUCACGCUAAGGAGGAGCAACUAACUCUCCUGAAGACUGAAUCCACUGCACACUCUGUAUUGUUACAGCAAGAGAUUGAAAGUCUGAACAAACGUAUAGAAAAUGUGACCAAUUCUCUUGAGGUCGCGGAGAACCAGGCUCAAGCCAAAGACGACCUGAUGGCCCAGAAGGAGCAGCAAAGCACAUUGCAGAUUGAGAUGCUUGGAAAGCAAAGUGCCGCUCUUGACGAGGAGGUGAAACAGCUGAGGGAGGAGAUCCAGACUAAAGAGGAACAACUGGCCACCCUAGAAAGAGAAGGCUCCACACAUUCUGACGGGCUGCAGCAACAAAUUGAAAGUCUAAAAUCCAGAAUCACCGAUAUGGCCGAGGCCCUCACCAAACAAGAGCAUGGGAGUGCUCGUCAGACGGAGCUUUUGCAGCAGCAGCUUUCAUCCUCUGAGGAAGAAGUGAGACGGAUGAAAGAGGAAAUCCUGGCUAAAGAGGAGCAGAUGAGACUGUUGAAGACUGACAGCGCGGCGCAGUUGGAAUUGCUCCAUUCAGAGAUUCAAAGUUUAAAGGUUCAGAUGGAGACUCUUGGCUCCUCGCAGAGAAAAGCCGAGGAGGAUGUGCAAGCCAAGGAAGCAAUAAUAGCUCAACAGGAGCAAGAGAAUACCCAACAGAGGGAGGCUCUCCAAAGCCUACAGGAGAAAGUCAAAGAAGUGGAGAUUCUGCAUUUACAGAUUUCUUCACACGAAGACGAGAUUAAUAAGCUAAAGGACUCUCAGAGUGCGAAAGAGAGUCUCCUCCUCAAUGCUGAGCAAAAGCUCAGGCUACUCCAGACAGAGUUGUCUGCAGCCAACCAACUCGUAACCGAUAAAGACCAAACCCUGAUCACUCUCAGAGAGGAGGUCGCCGCCCAAGUCGACUUGGUUCGACUUGCAAAAGAGGAAGCUGAAGCCAAUGAGAAAAGGCUGGCCGAGGUGAAGGCGGAGAGCACCAGCCAAACUGAUCUUCUCCAACAGGAGAUUCUGUGUCUGAGAGGGGAAACGGAAACCACUUCUCUGAAGCUUCUGGCUAAGGAUCAGAUGUUACUUGAAAGCCAGCGGGAGUCUGCCGAGCAGAUGGACGUCCUCCAGCGGCAGCUCGUCAGCGCCGAGGCGGAGCUGAAACGCCACCAAGAGGCAAAAGCGGCAGACCUCGCGCUGAAAGAGGCUGUUCACGUCGCCGCAAUUAAGGAAAAGGAGGCGCUUGUUCAGGAAAAAGAAGUCCUCACGGCCAGGCUGUUCCAGGCAGAGCACAAUCAGAAGACUCUGGAGAAACGGCUGGAAGUCACGUUGAACGAGAAGGAGGGACUUCACCAAGCCGUGCAGGCCACGGAGCGUCGGUUAGAGUCCGUGCUUCACCAGGAGCUGGAGGGCUUCAAACUGGAAAAGGAGAAACUCGUGAAAGAGAGAGAAAAGGCCAUUGAGAUGCUGAAGGGAAACCUGCAGGAGCAGCUCUCCGCUAAAUCUGAUGCCGCAGAACACUACAAGGCCCAGAUGGAGAAGGCCGUGAGUCAUUACAACGGAAAGAAGCAGCUUCUCCAGGAAAGCCACGGCGAGGUGGUCGAGCUCAAGCAUUCCUUGGAGGUUAAAGAGCGAGAGGUAAAGGCUGCUACCAUGGAAAACCAGCUGCUUAAACUGGAUUUGGACAAGGCCCAAACCAAUGAGAAGACGCUUCAGAGCAGGGUGGCCAGUUUGGAGGCACAGCUGGCUUUUGCGGACCGCAACCUGCGGGAACAGAACAAGAUUUACGGUAACGGAAGAAGUGCAGCGGAGCCGUGCCACCUGGAGGUUCCCUUUGCUCUACAGAGUGUGGACACGAGAGCACAGGUGAAGAGAACAGUCAGCUAUGACAGCCUGGACCAGAGCUCUCUGGAAGACUCUCUGAACGCCACCAGGAAACUUUCAGCGCCCGAUGAAUCGAGCACACCGUUCGUCCGCAGUUCAGAGCGAUUGGCAGCGAAACGCAGAGGUUUAAAGGCCGAGUCUCUGGAAACCCUGUACUUUACGCCAAUAAACACCAGACAGGUUAACAGAGAGCACAAAAUGGAGAUUGAUUCAGCCCAGAGAAAUCUAUCCUCAUCCGUCAAACGACGAAGGACCACACAUCACAUUAACAUCACCAUGACCAAGAAAACCCCAGGCGGCGGUGAGGAUGAAGAGACUUUCUACAGUCUGGCCUCAGCUCGCUCCCAUCCGAACCUCGCCGGUGGCCACGCUGCACAACCCACUUCUCUGGAGCUGAUCGGCACGCCCGCCAGGACGACCGGCGCUGCCAGCGACCAGCUCAUCGGUCUGCCGGGUUACAGACGCAGCACGGUCCACUUGCAGACCGGCACGUUCUGUGCGGGGGUAGAGAACGAGCCAGAGGGGGCCCCUGAAGACUGGAGGAGGAUUGCUGAGCUCCAGGCCAGGAACAAGGCCUGCCUUCCUCAUCUUAAGAGCAGCUACCCUGUGGAGUCUGAUACGGGCCGCACCACUACAUUCCUUUUCACGGACGAAGAACUCCGCAUGGGUGACCCGUCUGACACGAUCCGUCGGGCUUCCACGAUGCCCGGCCAGCUGCAAGAUUCUCUCACCUCCCACCGGCACUCGCUGAUGCUGGGACACUCGGGUGCCGCUGCCGCUACUCGCUCGCAUCGUCUGUCCUUGAUGCCGGGCCAGCUGCCGUCCAAUACCGUCAGCUACUCUCAGCUGAGAAGCCCCAACGGCGCCAAGCGCUCUGCAUCUACGUUGUCCGUACAUCAAACUUCACCCGAGAAAAAGGUGAAGGGCAGCUGCUUCCCACGCCCACUCACUCCCAAAAAUAAGAACGGCGGUUCUUCAAGUUCUCAUCUACGUCCUGCUCUCAGUCCAGCUGGUCGGAGGGAGUCCAUGAUGUUCAGUAUUGAAAACACCCCUAAAAACAGCAACUACCUAAAGAAAGGGCUGAACAAGCUACGCAGCUCCACCCGGAAAUCCCCAGGCAAAAGCUCAAAGAAGUCGCCCUCUGAGACCUCAGCACGCAAGUGCCAGGAAAACGGUCCCUCGAGAAAUGUCCGCACUGGAGUGGUACGAGGGGGCAGAAUUGCAAGCUCGAAGUCUCCCCAGGUGGCAUCUAAAGCACAGAGAACCGCUAGCAAGUCUGCAAAGUCUCCUUUGACUGCUAGUGCUCGCAAGAUGAUGAGCAAGUUGAAGGUGUGAAGAUGGACCAAAUUGGAUUCAUAAUUGUCUACAGUUUUUCUAUUGUUUUAUAUUGUAGUUAUCCUCUUAUAAUCUUUUCUUAAUCGACUUUUAUUUCCUCUGUAUUAUUUUUACAUGUUUUUCAUUAAAACUAUUUUAAAUUA